AUGUUUCUAUUGGGAUUGCGGUUGGUAACUAUUACGGCCCGUAGUGGGCCUAGCUCCUUGCGAUUGUGUGUUUACGCUUCUAUAAUUCGAUUGAUUGAAAUCCAAGCAGUUAUUCCCGGGAGAGAAAUGUCGCUUUGGACUAUCCUUAGGCCCACGGCCGUCCAAAAAGGCCUGCCCAUGUCAAAGAAGAGAGGAGGGAUAGAAUAG